CAAGAACAGGCAGGGGUGGCCUCUGUGCCUGAGUCUGACAUGCUCUUUGCCUCUCCCUCAGCUCCUGAACGACCAGCUGCCGAGAUGUCCUGCCAGCAGAGCCAGCAGCAGUGCCAGCCCCCUCCCAAGUGCACCCCCAAGUGCCCUGCCCCGAAAUGCCCCCCAAAGUGUCCCCCUAAGUGCCCUCCCAUCUCUUCCUGCUGCAGCGUCAGCUCUGGGGGCUGCUGUGGCUCCUCCAGCUCUGGGGGCUGCUGUGGCUCCAGCUCUGGGGGUGGCAGCUGCUGCAGCUCUGGGGGUGGCGGCUGCUGCCUGAGCCACCACAGGCGCCGCCGCAGGUCUCACUGCCACAAACCCCAGAGCUCUGGCUGCUGCAGCCAGCCCUCGGGGGGCUCCAGCUGCUGUGGAGGGGGGAGCGGCCAGCACUCUGGAGGCUGCUGCUGACGUGGGCCCUGAGCCAAGAAGAGCAGCAGAAUCCAGGAUAACACACACCAGGGACAUACUCCUUCCCUCCUAGGCCUGCCUCAGAGGCCCAGGACUUGCAAAGAGCCCCUCUCCUCCCUUUGGGUCGAGAAUCUCAAAUCCUCCCCUUAAC